GGGUAAGUGUCUACAGGCGACACAGGACGCCGCCGUGAGUAGAAGGCAGAAAAUAGGGAAAGUAACUGACUGGGUUGAUAAAGCGAAUGGCAAGGGAGAGGCUGAACAAGCACAAGUAAAGGACAAUGUCUUCCACUAGAGAUAAUGCAAUGGAAGGAGAAACGUCUCCGGAAGCGCUGGAGAAUUCUGACCAAGUGGUCGAUACAGAAGGAGAAAAUAAAAUCAAGGCUGAGGAGUCUGCCUCAGAGAAAGAAACGACUGCAAACUCCGAACCUGGUUCAAGACCAACUAGCUCACAGUCUGCCAGCAAAUAUGAUUCAAGGGAAGAUGAUGAGGCUUCAGGACGACAAGUUAGUGGAAAGAGUGAGGAGACACCUGAGAGACGACGACCGAAAAGCAGUUGUAGUGGAGAGGUCAUAUUUACAGCAAAGAGAAAACAGAAGUCUAAGAUUCCUCUUGCUCCAGGAGCUCACAAUGUAACGUUCACUGUCACCAUAGCACUUGCUAUCCCAUCAGGUCCGAAGAAGCGUCGUAAGGAGGAAGAUCCUGAUAUUCCUGACCUCAAAGACCUGAUGAAAAAGAAAAAAAGAGUGUUUGAAGCUCCUAGGGCACAAAAUUACUAUCACUUAGAAUAUUAUCUUCUUCCUGAUGACAUUGAACCUAUUAAGACAGAUGUUGUAACAUAUGGAAUAGCAGCAAAAAUAUACAUGGAGCGCCAUGAUCCUCGGGUGUUGAAAACCUGGCAGGAUGGUGAAGUUACUUGGGUGGCUUGGACACACAGCCACUCAGUCACUGUUACAAAAGAUGUUCUCCUACAGCUGUUCAGCCACAAGUUAGAGCUACGCAUAUGGGAUUCUAAGGACAAAUGUUCAACACGGGCACGCUUUGAUCGCCCCAAGGCCUUUCGUAUUCCUCAACCCAGGCCAGGAGAAGAUCCAGAAGAGUUAGGUGGGGUUAAAUCUCAGGUAGUGAAACAGUCACGCAGUUUUGUGAACAUGCAACCUAGGAAGUCUUGCUCUGUUCGUCCUCUCCCUUCUCAAAUCUCUAUUCCAAAGCAUGGGAGUAGCAGAUCAAGUCGGCAAAAAGAGGAGCAUUAUGAGGCCUCCACAGAUGUAUCUCCUGUUGAUAAGAAAGUGAUUCCACAAGGAGAAGUAGAAGCCCCCAAACCAACUGGUGAUGAUAAAACGCCCAAUACUCUUGUUAUUGUCCAGAAGGAAACUAAUGAUGGAGCUGAUACAGAUGAAAGUCCCAGAACAUUUAGUCGCCUAGGUAGGCUAGCAGGACUGGAAUCACCAACUAAGAACUUGAAUGGUGCUGAGCAGCGGUCAGCAAGGUCCAGCAGAACUCAAAGGAACACUGGGUCUUCUAAGGAAUUCUAUGGUAAAAAGUCACCAGGAAGUGGUAGACCCACGCCAUCACAUCUGAGAUCUAAGUCACCUUUGGACUCUGAUUAUUUUCCAGAUUCAGCUGACAAACCACACUCUGAGCUGAAAGCAAACAGUAAAUCUCCAGUUGUAUGCAGAAAAUCAAAGACAGACACAAUUUCUGUGGCAGAGGUGGAAAGAAUAAAGAAAUUUGGAAUAUGUAGUGUCCCUGUCAGAAUGGCUAUAUUGUUUGCAGGUCCCAGGAGUCUAACAUGUCGUCUGGAUAGUCCGGUGACUGGAGUGGAAGACGCCUUUGUGAGUGUUGCCAUUGAUGGGCCUCUGAUGUCGGAGAUGCAGAAGAAGGAGCUUAACCCACUCAUCUUCAAAAUACAUGCUGCCACUGAUAUGCCAGAAACACCGUUGGGCUAUAAUGAUCUCAAGGAAAGGUGCAAUCCAGUGUAUUGCAAUUAUCAGUUUUACAAACAGCCUGAGCACCGAAGUAUUGGAAAAGAGCAUAGCAGAAAUAUAUAUUGGGAUGACAUCAGUGUUUGCUUAACAGGUGUAUUAGAACCGUCUGAGUUUCGUCAGUUCCUCAAUGGCCCACCCCUGGAAAUUGAGUUGCAUGACAGAGACAGAAAACAGUCAUCUAUGAAAGUAAAACCUACACUCUUUGGGGAUGACCUUGAAGAUGAGAAGAUCAAUAAUGUGGGUACUGUCACAAGCAGACGAACAUUGCACAAUGCCUUCCAAGGUAGAGAUAAACCCUGGGACCCUUUUGGGGUUGCCAAGGUAGAUCUCUCAGAGUUAUUAUUAGGUAACAAGUUCUUGUACCUUAAGGUACCUGUACAUACCUGCAAGUCUCCAGAUGUCUUGGGACUCACAAACACAUCAGGUGGGCGAUUAGUAGGAAUCCCAGGUGCUGUGGAUGGGCCAGUUGCUCAACCCCUUCCUGCUGGUAACUUUGUGGAAUCCAACACAAUGCUAAAAGUGACUGUGGAAUUGGCCUACCCACUUGCUACUCCAGAAGAUAUUGCUGCCAAGAAACCGGUACCAUCAACUGUUGAGUGUCCUUUUGGAAGACUGGUGUUCAUAUUUGACUACACCAAUACCGAGGUGUUACUGUGCUUACUGAAUGUGAUAUGUGCUAUCAAUGCACGAGCUUUAGACCUGGAUGAUAUGCCUCAGCAUGUUGUAGAGGCUGCCCUCUCCACAUACAAGCUAACCCUGGAGCAGCAGAAUAACCGUGUGCUGGAUAUGGUGACUGGGUUUCACGUGAUGGAUGAGGUGAAGCACAUCUUUGUACUGGAAGGCCUCAGAGACAAAGGAAUAACUACUGUCUGGGAAUCUAUUCCACAGCCAGAAAAAAAAAGUGUUUGUAUAAUUUCUGACUUCACUUUUACCGAGCGUCUGUACGGGUCACUUGAUGUGGACAUUUGUCGUAUUAAGCUUCAUGAGCCCCUGCAUACCAUCAUCAAACAGCCCCUUCUGUACAUCAGGGAUAUGGUCCCCAAACCCUGUUUCCAAGCACUCGUCAAAUUAGAAGAGCUGUUAAAGGUUGUCCGUAUCAAGGAUGCCAUCCGAAGUGAUCUCUUUCCAACAGCAGAUAUGGUUAUCUCCAUGAGUAGGGAAUUUGGUGUGCCAUUGACUGCCAAGGACUUCCAAGAUCUGCAUCUCACCCCAGAUGCUGAUAUUGUGGAGGAACCUUCAUCUACGGCUGUGAAGACAGCCCCUGCACCUUGCUUAACCAGCCGUGAAUGGACACCUAUUGACAAUUUCAACCAGCAUUACGUCAACACAAUCAUGGAUCGACAUUUGUCUGGACAGGUUCACAACUUUGUCCGGGAAAAUAUUGAGGAGAUCAAGAGAUCCAGUGACUUUAACCGAAGGUCAAAAUCCCUGGUGGAAACAGUGAGAGCUGAUGUCACUGUGGCCCAUAACUAUAGCACCCAGUCCUUGAAUUCGACCGAACUUGCUAAAGAGAAAGUGCGUCAACAGCUGGCAGAGAUACCUGACCAGAGGUACACAUACUGCCCUGAGUUCCACCAUUCGAUGACAGUUGUCCCCGUGAACAUUGCUGUCCUCAAGAAGCAGUUGGUGGAGGAGUCAAGAGCCAGGUGGAAGACAGAGGAAGGCUGGGUGUACCCAGGAGUAAAAUCCACUAUGGAAUGUAACAAACAUUCAAGAAAACCAGACCAAGCUCGUAAAGAGGAGAUCACAAAUCAAUGGCAAGAAAACAUUUUGCAUGCUAAUAUUUUGGAACCAACACUGGAAAGAGGUCGUUUCCCAUGGCAACAUCGUGUUCAGGAUCUAGAAUUGUAUCGCAAACCUCUGCCAAAUUUUGGCAUGGCAGAUCCACUCAGUAUACAUUACAGUGGGGACAAAUUGGCAGAAGAGCAGCGACAGGCUAAAUUGAAAGAGUUAGAGCUCUGGCGUUCUAGAGUAAUUGUUGAUAAUCCACGGCAAAAUUUCCUCCGUUGCCUAACAGAAACAGAGCUGCUAGACAGAGGCUAUAAAUGUAGUAAUAGUGUUGAAAAAUUGAAGGGGAUCCUUAAAGAUCCUCCAGCCAAAAUGACUUUGCGGAAGCCUGGGUUGAUCUUAGACGAUAUUCCAUCAUUGGGUGUUGUUGGCUACCCUUCCGUGGACACUGCGGCCAGGAAAGCUGGGCGGUGCCUGCAUUCGGCAAUACCUGAUUCGGAUCAGGUGUGGACUAAAGGGUAUAACCCUGGUCCAUAUACUAACCUCAGCUGGACCAGGGAUGAGAACAACAUUCCUACCUAUGACUACAACCACCAGGAGUUCCAGAAAACCAAAGGUCAAGAUUUCAAGUUAGUCCAUAAGACUCAUGUAUUUCAAAGUAGGCGGCCAAUACAGAGGUUAUCUGAAGAAGAAAUGGAACACCUCUAUGGGUACAAUAGGACCAUGGGCUCCCUGGAUUGGAAAGCUACACCACUCCCUCCAAUAGAAGAUGGUUUUUGCUCAACAGCUUCACCUUUGGUUACAGAAAACAAGUCAUUAGAGACACUGGCAACCUGAAUUUAACGGUACUGUUCAGUGCAGGGGCAGUGGAAUAAUUUUGCCUAUGCAAGUUCAAGCCAUUGUGAUAUACAUCCAUGUAGCAAAUUAGUCCUUUUAUAAAUAUCAGCCAAUUUCCAGAGGUCCCCUUCGACUGUUUAUUAUUACAAUUUUUUUAAUUCAGAUGUGUUUCUGACUUUCAUAGUUUGAGUUGUUAUAAUUGAUGUAGUUUGUUCUAGGUUCUUAUGAGAUUGCAGACUUACAAGUUUGUUAUAAGAAUUAAAAGAGAUACAGAAAUGGAUGACAGUGGAUAUUUUGCUGGGUCAAAGCAUUGGUCUUGCAUGAAUAGAUCUGCCACGCCUGAAAUUCAGCCCAGGCUACAUGGCUUAAGCACAAAUGCCAGUCAAUGACGCUUCUGUAUCCCUUUAACUAUGUGUAAUUGCUUUCAUGUUAGCCAUCUUGUUGACAUGCAUAAAUGCAUGUAUGUAAUAUUGAUGUGUUAAAGUUUUCUGAAUUUAGUGAUUGUGUUGACAAAAAUUAUUAUCAAAGCAAAUCUGUGAUAUGAUAUAGUAUUUAACAGCUGUUAAGGACUUUUUAUUGAUGUGAAGAUUACAUAUGUAUUGAGGCAUGGAGUUGAUAUUGUUGAAUAUUGUACAAUUCCCUGAUCUAAGGUUAGAGAUUAUAAUGGUGAUCUCUUAAGCUCUCGAUUUUGGGACAAAUUUGUGGUAAUGACCUGCUGAAAUAAGUAUGUAGAACUUUUUAAAUUGUUUUGCCUUCAAAAGUAUUCAGUAUUUGAUCCUCUUUUGGGUUUCUGUAUUUUCUAUGUGUAUAUUUUGAUAUUGUUAAUAAACCAAAAAGAACACUGUAAAUAAUGUUUUCACAAAGCUAAUAUCAAAGGAGUACAACACACUCAUAUUGGCUCAUCAGCUUAUAUUUAUCAGAAACACUGAUUUAUUAUAUUGAAAUUCCCUCGGUUAUUGGCGUUGUUCAGCCCGUUAAGUUCCAAGAUUGGAUAGGGUUGGAGAUUGAUGU